AUGGAGCAAUUGGCGCAUUCUUCCGUGUCUGAUACGGCAUUGCCCACCGAAAGAUGCGACCUGAACCGCCACCAUGCUGCCUCGGCGUUGGAUUACCGGGUCAUUACAAGAGAGACCCAUGAUCACUGCCAGGUAUCUCAGAGCUACCGCGGCUUCGGCGUCGAGUUAGUAUGGCAAGAAUUCGAUUCUAGAAAGCGAUCCGCAGAGUAUCAUCUAAAUCAAGUGCGCGAACGUUUGUAUUAUCUAAAGGGCCCAGAUGACGAAACCAUAGCUAUGGAAUGUCAGGAUGUUGUUCUUGGCCAUCAAGCCGUCAAUGGAGACAGUCAGUACCAAUGGCACCUCAAGGUCGAAUAUGACAAAGCCGCCCGUGAUCUCAUUGCUAUGGAGAACAUCCUCAACAUACUCAAGUCCAGCGAUUCGAGUACAGCUGAGGUUAGAAAUCACUUUGCCAAAGCGGCAAUGUCGCUCACGUUUUUUACGGGAUCGUGCUUUGUUGCUAGUAAAAAUUACGACCCUAUUUGGGACAUUGGAGCCCUGACUGGAGUUCUUUAUGGAGGGUACAACAUGGCGAAAUCAUCCUAUCGUGGAGCUCACGGGUACCUUCGAAUGACAGUUCUAGAAAGAUGUGACCGAAUUGUGAAAUCUCUGAGGAACCGAAUUCAGAAUCGGACGCUCGAAGAAGAAGAUUGCGCUUCUUUCAAAAGUUACUGGUUUACAAUGUUGGAUCAGUUUAGGCCUGAGGAUGGGAAGGAUGGAGACGACGUGUCUGGCAACAUCAGACAAGCACCUCAAAUUUCACACACUCCAGAAGAGAGUUAG